GAUUGAGCUCAUAGUUCGCCUUACAGAGAUAAGAAUCUAGAACUUUGAGAAUGUUGCUUUCUCGUGACUCAAACAUUCUUAAGACCCACAUGAAGGCUGAUAAUCUACAAAGUUAAUCAAAGUGUUCGUUUCCCUGUACUUGCCUUCUUUACCCCAACACGAGGUGACGCGGAGGUAUACAAAGAGAACAAGAUUAAUAACAUGCUAAUACGUUAUAUCAUUGUUCUUGCCUCGGCGACCAUUGCCCUAGCAGUAUUAGAUUGCCCAACAACGGUAAGAUAAUGUAAGCCUUUCAUUUGUGACUGAUAUACUAUGGCAUUAAUAGAUUUAUUGCUACAAAAAUUAAUAAGCCUUGGCUCACACAAAAUGUGAACUGUUAUAAGCUUAUAGAUCUUGGAACAUAUAAAGUGAACCAAUAUAAGUUGACCAAUUUUUUCAUCAAAAUAUAAAAUAUUAUAAGUUGAAAGACCUUGUCACAAAAAAUGUGAACUGUCAUAAGAUGACAGAUCUUGUCACAAACAAUGUGAACUAUAAAAAAUGACAGAUCUUGUCACAAACAAUGUGAACUAUUAUAAGUUGACAGACCUUGUCACAAACAAUGUGAACUAUUAUAAGUUGACAGACCUUGUCACAAACAAUGUGAACUAUUAUAAGUUGACAGAUCUUGUCACAAACAAUGUGAACUAUUAUAAGUUGACAGAUCUUGUCACAAACAAUGUGAACUAUUAUAAGUUGACAGACCUUGUAACAAACAAUGUGAACUAUUAUAAGUUGACAGAUCUUGUCACAAACAAUGUGAACUAUUAUAAGUUGACAGAUCUUGUCACAAACAAUGUGAACUAUUAUAAGUUGACAGAUAUUGUCACAAACAAUGUGACCUAUUGUAAGUUGACAGACCUUGUCACAAACAAUGUGAACUAUUAUAAGUUGACAGAUCUUGUCACACAUAACGUAAACUAUUAUAAGUUGACUGAUAUGGUCACAAACAAUAAGAACCAUCAUAAGUUGACAUAUCGUGUCACACUUUAAAUAACAUUAAUUUAAUAACCUUUUUUUCACACACCAUAUUAUAGGAAUGCGACUGUUUUGAUUUUGCCAUCCAGUGUAACAACAAGGGUCUUCACAGUAUUCCAAAGUUUACACAAAGUGUUAAUAUCUUAGGGGACCUUGACCUCUCAGUAAGUUUAAACUCUCAGUCUGAAUGCAAAGUUACAACUGCAUCAUGUUUUCUUUUAUAGUGGUUUUUUUUUCUUUGUCAUUUUUUUUAAACAGAAGAUGAACUUUCUGUUCCGUGAUGUCUUAGAUAUGAUGCAUAAAAAAAAUGACUAAAAAUUAUUAAUUCUGUUUAGCUUGCAACUACAUAGCCAUAUACAUGAGCAGGGGCGUACCUUAAGUAAGUAAAGCUUGAGGUACAUAGCCCUAUACGUUUUAAAAAUAACCAUUUAUUAAGUAAUGUUAUUUUUUUAUUGCCCAUUACGCUCCAAACUAUAAAGAUCUAGGGCACGGGUCUCCAAACUAUAAAGAUCUAGGGCACGGGUCUCCAAACUAUAAAGAUCUAGGGCACUGGUCUCCAAACUAUAAAGAUCUAGGGCACGGGUCUCCAAACUAUAAAGAUCUAGGGCACGGGUCUCCAAACUAUAAAGAUCUAGGGCAUGGGUCUCCAAACUAUAAAGAUCUAGGGCACGGGUCUCCAAACUAUAAAGAUCUAGGGCACGGGUCUCCAAACUAUAAAGAUCUAGGGCACUGGUCUCCAAACUAUAAAGAUCUAGGGCAUGGGUCUCCAAACUAUACAGAUCUAGGGCACGGGUCUCCAAACUAUAAAGAUCUAGGGCAUGGGUCUCCAAACUAUAAAGAUCUAGGGUAGUCAGAUUUCGUUGUUUCUUGUAACUGGUAAUGCAGGAGAGUUCUUUCAUCUAGCAUUUUAUUUACUGUUAUUUAUUUAUCCUAUUUUUUAUGUGGUCAGAUUGAAUUAGCUAUCUUUAUGUUUCCCCACCGCUAAAUAGCGACUUGCAUUUAUUCCAUUUAUUGAAGAGGAUUUUCACUUCUUCUUCUAUAUAUUAAGGGCCCACGAUCAAUUUAUUGAUCAUUUUAGCUCCUAUACAUGGAGAGGGGAUUUGCAAUGUUUUUGUGCCUGGUGCUGAUGAGGAUAUUUCAAUGAUUACAAGUGCUACUUUGAGAAGGAAUCAUGUAAUGGGGGUUGGAAGGCUUGAGGCAAUAGACGCAAAUGUGUCUAGUGUUGUCGCCUCAACUGUUUCUUUUGAAAGCUUGUUCCAGUCCCUGAUGGUCUUGGGUAGGAAUGAACAAUUCCUAUACUGGCUUCUUGCUGGUAUGAGCCGGAAGUGCCUGUCAUGGCCUCGUCACUCUCUAUGGGGGAGAGGGACGAGUUUCUGUUUAAUACUGGAUUGUCGUCAGGAAUUAAAGUUCAAAGCAGAUAUUUCACGAUAAGUUUAGCCAAACAGAAUUGAUAUAAUAAUAUCUCUUGAGACUUUCUUAAUAUUUCUUAUUUGCGGCGUCCACAGUUUGUUUAAAUAUUCGCAAAUUAUAACUCCUUUUAAUUACUUAAAUUCGCACAAACACACACAUAUAUAUAUAUGUAUAUAUAUAUAUAUAUAUAUAUAUAUAUAUAUAUAUAUAUAUAUAUAUAUAUAUAUAUUUUUAUAGAGAGAGAAAGACCGAUAGAUAGAUAGAUGGAUGGAUGGAUGGAUGGAUGGAUGGAUGGAUGGAUGGAUGGAUGGAUGGAUGGAUGGAUGGAUGGAUGGAUGGAUGGAUGGAUGGAUGGAUAGAUGAAUGGAUGGAUGGAUGGAUGGAUGGAUGGAUGGAUAUAUAGAAAGAAUAUAUACUGCAAUGAUCGUUUUUACGUGACAACAAUUGCAAAAUUGAUCCAUAAAAUAAUAUAAUUGUAUAAAUUAAUUUUCUUUCAGAACAAUGCUAUCGCGAUAUUAUCUGACAAUAGUGUGCCUGCUGGAAUGGACUCAAUCAACUUUAAUAACAAUCCAAUCACAAGCAUCUCCAACGGAGCAUUCAGAAACUCAGCCACUACCUUAUCCAGUAUUCAUUUCUCUAACGCCCUCUUUACGAGAUUACCCGACGCCCUAGCUACACUGAAUGCUUUGAUUGACCUUGACAUCAGUCAAAUGCGCAUUUUAGAUUGGAAUACCAACGUCCUCAGACACGCCGGAGCCACGGUGAACACAUUACGUUUGAUGAAUGUUGGUCUGACGUCAUGGCCGUCUUGGAUGACAUACUUUACAGCAGUGAGCAGGCUUGAUCUGAGUGAAAAUGCUAUAACAAGUUUGCCAGACAACGCUUUUAGUCAGUUGGCAAGUCAGCUGAUCACCGUCAAGUUAAGUGCUGCCAAUUUAAACCACGUCCCACGUGCAGUGACGUCACUACCGGCCGUACUCCUGUUAGACCUUUCGCAAAAUCACAUUCCGAUCAUUACAGGAGUUCCCUCCCAUGCCACGUCUCUCAACUUUAGCUUCAACUUGAUCACAGAGCUGCGAGACAACAGCUUUGCGAGAAACACCGCCUUCCACAGCCUAGACCUCAGCAAUAACCCCAUCACCAGAAUCUCCAACAACGCCUUCCUUCCUAUCAUCUCCAUGAGAAAUCUUUUCCUGAGGAACACAAAACUGACCAGGAUGCCGCUGGCCAUCCUGACGCUGACUAACCCGUCGUGGAUUGCCCUUGAGGGGAACACUGACCUCGUGUGUACGUGCAGUGAGAAGGCAUUGACCCUUUACAUGACCUCUCAUCCAUAUCUGUAUGUCUAUGGUAUGUGCCAUCAGGAGAAAAUCGAUACGUUCUUCAAAGUUAUUGCGAAAAACUGUCCUUAAAGUCUCGUAUACCGAAUAGGACCAGUCCUUAAAGUCUCGUAUACCGAAUAGGACCAGUCCUUAAAGUCUCGUAUACCGAAUAGGACCAGUAUAAUCAUACCAAAAAUGACUGUAUGUAGUUUAAAUUAAACAUGAUAUAUUUGGAGAACCCUUUAAGGGCACGUUUCAAAUGAAUACUGAAAUCUUCUAAUUCAUAUCUUAUUAUUCCUAAUCUUUCCUUCUCUCUUUAUCCGUUAUUCUUCUAUCAUGCGUCAACCACUGUCACUGUCCUGUUAAUCUCUCUUACACUCCUCUACACCGACAAUAUCUAUCUCACUACUUCUCUCUUUAUCUCUCUCUCUCUUUCUCCUGACCUUUCCCUAUCUGUCCCUCUCUCUCUGUCUAUUUCUGUCUGUCUCUCUCUCUCUGCCUAUUUCUCUCUCCGUCUCUUUCUCUGUAUCUCUCUUUUACUCUCUAUCUUUCUAUCUCUCCUUUUCUCUUUCUCUUCUUAUCUGUCUCUCUCUUUUUUCUCUCUCUCUUUUCCCCUCUUUCUCUCUCAUAUUCUCUCUCUGUCUUUCCCUUUUUCUGUCUCUCCGUCCCUCUAUUUCUAUCUCUCUCUUUUUCUAUCCCUCUAUCUCUCUAUCACUUUAUCUCUUUCUUGUUCUCUUUAACUCCCUAAAUUUUGUUAAUGUAAAUCUCUCGUUCACUCUAAAUGUCUGAGAAGACGGUCAUGACAAGGUUUUGAUUGUAAAGAAAGUACUUCAAUAUUGACUUAAUUAUAUGAGAAUAAAUUAGAGGCUUUUGUUUGGAAGAAUAACAUAUUCAACAUCCUUACUUAGUUACACUCAUGAUGUUUAAUCAGUAAAAUAAAGCAUCAGUUUAAAAAAAAGAUCUAUUUGCCAGAUUUAUUAUUACACUUACAUCUU